AUGUUGCGCUGGUACCAAUCCAAGUUGGCCAAGAGGCCCAUCCUCACUGCAAGCAUCACCAGCGCUGUCCUUUUCGGCAGCGGAGAUGUCCUAGCACAACAAGCGGUUGACCGCAGAGGUCUCGCAAAGCACGACUUCGCCCGUACCAGCCGCAUGGCCUUGUACGGUGGCGCCGUCUUUGGUCCCAUCGCUACGAAAUGGUUCGGUAUCCUCCAGCGUCACGUCGUCCUCGGAAGUGUCGCAACCACCACUGCUGCUCGAGUAGCCGCCGAUCAACUUGUGUUCGCCCCGAUCCAGCUCACAUGUUUCCUGUCCUCCAUGGCCAUCAUGGAAGGUUCUGAUCCGGUGGAGAAGUGGAAGAAUGCCUUUGGUCCUGCCUACAAGGCCAACUUGGCGGUCUGGCCGUUCGUACAGGCGGUCAACUUUACUUUUGUUCCUCUGGAACUGCGUGUGCUUGUUGUCAACGUGGUCAGCUUGGGCUGGAACUGCUUCCUUAGUAUGAUGAACAGUGCAAAGAAGUAA